AUGAAGCUUUUCGUUGCAAUAAUUGGCCUGGCCUUCGCCGCGGUUUCCCAGGCGUCCUAUCUUCCAUACAACGAUGUCCUAUCCUACCAGCGAUACAGUUCUGGACUCCCUCUUUCCAAGGUCGUUGUCGAUCAAUCGUACGGUCUUCCAGCAGUAGUGGACAAGUACUCCUAUCCAUCAGUGUACGGAUCUUACCCAGCAGUGAAGCAGGUCGUCGGAUACCCAUCAGUCGCCCCAGUCCUUACCUCCAAGGUUGUUGACAACAGCUAUGCCCUGGGAUACAACAAGCUGGUGGCUCCAGUAGUGGCCACGAAGGUUGUUGACAACAGCUACGCCCUGGGAUACAAUAAGCUGGUUGCUCCAGUAGUGGCCACAAAGGUUGUUGAUAACAGCUAUGACCUGGGAUACAACAACUAUGCUCUGGGAUAUAACAACUAUGGCCUGGGAUACAACAAGCUGGUGGCUCCAGUUGUUGCCACCAAACUCGUCGAUGAUGGACUGUUGAACUACGGAGGCUACGGACUGGGAUACAACAAGUAUCUUCCAGCAACUAAGUACGUUGUGUAA